AUGACGUUCGAUCUGGUCCACCACGUCAGGGCGCGGGCUCGCAGCCUCCAGCUCGACAAGACAGCCAUGACGCCCGCAAUGGUUGCCCUGGAGCAGGUUGCAGCCCAAGCCCAAGCGACGAAGCGGCUGAGCAGCUUGCCAGACGGGCAAACUCCCACUGUCCAUUUCUCGGUGCCUGCCUCUGUUACUGCCGCCAUUCGCCGCUAUCGCAGCAUGCUGGAGGUUGAAGAGCCGCCCAGACUUGGACCCUGGAGCCCCAUGUCUUUCGAAGAGCUGUACUCGGGUCCAAUAAAAUCGGCCGUGGUGUCGGACGGGGACAUUCGGAGCUCUGACCGGUCGACGAGAUCAUGUUCUUGGAACACCAACCCGCCAAACACGGUUGAGAGCCAAGCAACUGAGUUCUCCACAGGCGCGGCUGCUUCUGACAACAAGAACAUCGUUCGACGAAAGCUGACCGGCUAUGUUGGAUUCGCCAACCUCCCCAACCAGUGGCACCGUAAGAGUGUGCGAAAGGGCUUCAACUUCAACGUGAUGGUUGUUGGCGAGUCUGGUCUGGGCAAGUCGACCCUGGUCAACACUCUCUUCAACACCUCCCUGUACCCUCCCAAGGAGCGCAAGGCGCCCAGCCUGGACAUCAUCCCCAAGACUGUCACCAUCCAGUCCAUCAGCGCCGAUAUCGAGGAGGCCGGCGUUCGUCUGCGUCUGACCGUUGUUGACACCCCCGGCUUUGGCGACUUCGUUAACAACGAUGAGUCUUGGCGACCCAUUGUCGACAACAUUGAGCAGCGUUUCGACGCCUACCUGGAUGCCGAGAACAAGGUCAACCGAAUGAACAUUGUUGACAACCGAAUUCACGCCUGUGUCUUCUUCAUCCAGCCCACCGGCCACUCCCUCAAGCCUCUCGACAUUGAGGUUAUGCGCCGUCUCCACACCAAGGUCAACUUGAUCCCUGUCAUUGCCAAGUCCGACACCCUGACGGACGAGGAGAUUGUCAGCUUCAAGGCACGAAUCUUGGCCGACAUCAAGUACCACGGCAUCCAGAUUUUCGAGGGUCCCCGAUAUGAGCUCGACGACGAGGAGACGAUUGCCGAGAACAACGAGAUCAUGUCCAAGGUCCCCUUCGCCGUUGUUGGCGCCACGAACGAGAUCAAGACUGCCGACGGCCGCAAGGUCCGCGGACGUGAGUACCCCUGGGGUAUCAUCGAGGUCGACAACGAGGAGCACUGCGACUUUGUCAAGCUCCGCCAGAUGCUCAUCCGCACGCACAUGGAGGAGCUCAAGGAGCACACCAACAACAACCUGUACGAGAACUACAGAACCGACAAGCUGCUGGCCAUGGGUGUUUCGCAAGAUCCUAGUGUCUUCAAGGAGGUCAACCCUGCCGUCAAGCAGGAGGAGGAGCGCGCCCUGCACGAGCAGAAGCUCGCCAAGAUGGAGGCCGAGAUGAAGAUGGUCUUCCAGCAGAAGGUGGCGGAGAAGGAGAGCAAGCUCAAGCAGUCAGAGGAGGAGCUCUACGCACGCCACCGGGAGAUGAAGGAGCAGCUCGACCGCCAGCGCCUGGAGCUCGAGGACAAGAAGCAGCGCAUCGAGAGCGGGCGGCCGAUAGAGAAGGAGGGCAAGCGAAAGGGAUUCUCACUGCGAUAAACGGACGGCCAGUGGUCCUCCGCCCGAUUGCCCCCCUCCCCCGAGUUGCGAAUCACCACCCGCACGAUCCAUAUCAGAAUAUCCAUGAUGUCCAUACAAUAUCUGCUCGACGCCUUUCCUUUUCCCCUUUUCGAUUCUUUGUUU